CAUUCACACUGAUUCGUGUUUCACACUUCACGCCAAUUGACAUUCGGUUCAAAAUAAGGGAGAGAUGGAGGUGUCGUAAUUUUGUGUAUGCAUACACGGUGGAUAUACGGAUGACAGUGUGGUUGCCGAGAUAACGUUAUAUAAAAUGAGACGAUAUGUUCCAUUCGGUGCGACUUCUUAGAUGGUUGCUCAUCCUCGUAUUGAUGAUCGCGUUGUGCGAUGGCAUGGACGAGAUCGACUGCAAUAACCUACGAAUGGGGCAGUACAUAUGUCCCCAUCCCGAUUACGAUUUCAUAGAUCCAAAAACGCAACAGCCGCGUGGUUGCACCAAGGAGAACAAGGCCAAAGUGUUGUGUUUAGCUGCGGAUGGCAUCACCUGCACAGAAACAAAAAAUAACACAUUUAAAAAGGAUAUACCCUGCAAAUGGACAAAUGGUUAUUCUUUUGAAACAGCAUUACUGCUAUCCAUAUUCCUUGGGAUGUUUGGCGCGGAUCGAUUUUACCUUGGAUAUCCCGCCCUAGGCUUACUGAAACUGAGCACACUAGGGUUUCUCUUUCUUGGUCAAUUUGCCGAUGUAAUACUGAUAGCUACGCAAAUUGUAGGACCAGCGGACGGUUCACACUAUGUGAUGCCAUAUUAUGGUGCUGGAAUAAACAUCGUGACGAGCAACAACUUUACGUACAGAGUGCCACAAUACGAUUACUGAAAAACAGCAGACCCAACGCAUGAAUAAUAAUUUUUGCUAAAAAUUGUAUAGCCUCUGCUUCUGCCACGAGCAACGAUGUACAAUCCUAGAAUUGAGUCCUAUUUCAUCAUUGAAUUAUAUUUGAAUGUAAACUAAUUUCAAUAUUAGAUAUUUUAAUGGAUAAGCAGAACUUGAACUGAAUGGGUUAAGUUAACUUGUAGAUAUACAUUUCAACGAAGCACUGUAUAUAAAGAUUUAUAAGUAAUUUACGUAUUGUUAAUAUAAUUAAGUAAUAAAUUUCCGUUUCUAUUUCUAAA